UGCCAGUGAGUUCUGUGGAACUGGGACUUGCCAAUUGCUCUCUGUAUAAAGAGAAGAGGCAGAGACGGUGAAAGACAGAGAGAGGGAGAUGCAGCGGACAAAUCUCUCUCUUGCUGCUUCUCAGAGAUAAAUCAGCAGCACUGAGGGGGGCUGAAGCCAUGGGGUUCGCAAAUAUCAUCCUGCACCUCUGGGCCUGGAUAUUCAUGCUAUGGAGUGUUGCUAAUAUCUCCAUCGCAGUGUCAUCUGUAGAAAUUCCAGAUCCCUCUUGCUCAGGCCCCCAAGGGACAGAAUUUAUCACAGUCUUCAUGCAGAAUCACUUGCCAAGUUAUGGCGGUAAAGACUUCAGGUUGUUCAUCACUGGCUACACCCCUGGGACGUUCGUCACCAUUUCCGUGAACAAAGCAGGUGUUAGAUUCAAUGUCAGGGCAAAUCUGGGAAAGACAACAUGGAUACAAAUCCCAGAAUUCGUGGAGAUGGCAGGAAGCAACAUAUUUGACCGCACGGUCAUUGUCCAGGCUGACCAUGAGAUCGCCAUCCUUGCUCUGAACUAUAAGACCUAUACGGCUGAUACCACUGUAGUGUACCCUGUGGAGAAGCUCGGGACAGAGUACUAUGUGGUGACUCCACUGGGGAAUCCAGAUGGUCUUGAUAAACAAUUUGCUGUAGUAGCCUGGAAGUAUCCCACCAUUGUUGAAGUUUACCUCAAAGGGGCUGUCACUUUCCAAGGAGAAACCUACAGACCAGGGACAAAACUGGUCAUCUCACUUGGAGCUUACCAGGCCGUCCAGCUGCAAAGCCGUGAUGACUUAUCCGGCACCAGGAUCGUGUCCCAGAAUCCUGUGGCCGUCUAUAGUGGACAUGUAUGUGUUGCAAAGCACACCAAAUGUGACUAUGUGAGUGAGCAGCUCCUGCCGGUGUCUGGCUGGGGCACCACAUUCAUCGUACCUCCUUUAUCCUUCCAGCCCAAAUUUGACCUGGUGUAUGUGGCUGCUUCCCAACACACUCACAUUGAUUAUCAGUCUGGGAGGUUGAGUGCCAGAAGGAACCUGGUUGCUGGGCAGGUUGUGACAUUUGAAAUUGAAAUGUCUAAACCCUUGUACAUCUCUGCUAGUGCUGGGAUCCAAGUUGCCUUCUUCUGCACUGGUGGGAGCAAAGGGAAAAUCGUGUACGAUCCCUUCUUCCUGAUGAUCCCAGAUGUCUCUGGCUACUGCCAGACCUAUAACAUCCAUGGACAGGACCUGUUUGAGAACUAUGCUGUGAUUGUAGCCAAGACGGCCGAGACUGCUGAUGUUACUAUUGAUGCGGAACCACUACGUAUUACUCAGUGGAGGCCUAUUCCAGGCACAGCAUAUUCUUGGACUACAUACAACUUGAGAAGUGGGUUUAGCAACCACACCAUAGAGAACCCUAGCUCCCCAUUUGGUGUCCUGAGUGUUGGGAUUAAAGACAAGGCUGGGUAUGGCUCCACAGCUAUUGGUAGCAUUUCUGGUGCUGCCCCUACUGUUCAACCUCCAUAUCUUCCCAGUACCUCUUGCUCAGGCCCCCACGGGACAGAAUUUAUCACAGUCUUCAUGCAGAAUCACUUAUCAAGGUAUGGCAAUACAGAUUUCAAGUUGUUCAUCACUGGCUACAUCUCUGGGACGUUCGUCACCAUGUCAGUAAAUAAAGCAGAUUUUUCAGUCAAUAUCACUGCAAAUCCCGAACAGACAGUAUCUGUGAUAAUCCCAGCAUUUGUGGAGCUGGUGGGAAGCAACACAUUUGACCACACGGUCAUUGUCCGGGCUGACCAUGAGAUCUCCAUCCUCACGCUGAACUAUAAGCGCUAUACAGCUGAUACCACUGUAGUGUACCCUGUGGAGAAGCUCGGGACAGAGUACUAUGUGGUGACUCCACUGGGGAAUCCAGAUGGUCUCAAUAAGCAAUUUGCUGUAGUAGCCUGGAAGGAUCCCACCAUUGUUGAAGUUUACCUCAAAGGGGCUGUCACUUUCCAAGGAGAAACCUACAGCGCAGGGACAAAACUGGUCAUCCCACUUGGAGCUUACCAGGCCGUCCAGCUGCAAAGCCAUGAUGACUUAUCCGGCACCAGAAUCGUGUCCCAGAAUCCAGUUGCCGUCUACAGUGGACACGUAUGUGUUGCAAAGCACACCAAAUGUGACUACGUGAGUGAGCAGCUCCUGCCGGUGUCUGGCUGGGGCACCACAUUCAUCGUACCUCCUUUAUCCUUCCAGCCCAAAUUUGACCUGGUGUAUGUGGCUGCUUCCCAAUACACUCACAUUGAUUAUCAGUCUGGGAGGGCGAGAGCCACUAAGGACCUGGUUGCUGGGCAGGUUGUGACAUUUGAAAUCAAAUUCCCCAAUCCCUUGUACAUCUCUGCUAGUGCUGGGAUCCAAGUCGUCUUCUUCUGCACUGGUGGAAGCAAAGGGAAAAUCAUGUAUGAUCCCUUUCUCCUGAUGAUCCCAGAUGUCUCUGGCUAUUGCCAGACCUAUAACAUCCAUGGACAGGACCAGUAUGAGAACUACGCAAUAAUAACAGCCGAAACAUCAGAAUCUGGUGGCAUCACCAUUGAUAAGGAACCCUUGGGAAACAUUGCAUGGAGGCCAAUUCCAGGCACAGGGUUCUCUUGGGCUGAAUACAACCUUGGCACAGGGUUUAAGAGAGAAACCAUGGAGCACCCCACAUCUCCUUUUGGGCUUCUGAGCAUUGGAAUUGCAUCCAGAUCUGGGUAUGGCUCACCAGCUAUUGGUGCAAGCAAUAUUCCGACGCCAUCCUGCAGUGUGGUCCUCUGCAAGGAAGGAACAGUUUGUAAGAUGAUGGAUGGGGAGCCAGAGUGUUUGCCAGUUUCUGCGGCCACAUGCUGGGCUGGGGGUUACUUGCAUUACCACACAUUUGAUGGACGGCCGUAUGACAUCCAUGGCGCCUGCACCUACACCGUGGCCAAGACCUGCGGGUGUGACUGUGACCCACACUCCUUUGACAUCACGGCUGAGAGUGGGAACAGGGGGAACACGCAGGUCUCAUACAUUGGGUCGGUGACCAUCCAGGUGGAUGGCAUUACCAUCACAGUGGCCAGGGCAGAGGUCGGCUUUGUGAGGGUGAAUAACACCAGGGCCCACUUACCCAUCUCCCUGAACAACGGGGCCCUUCGACUCUAUCAGAGCGGCACCUCCCUCGUCCUCCGCACCGACUUCAACCUCAGAGUGUCCUAUGACUGGAACAACCACCUGAGGAUCACCGUCCCUAAUGACUUCUCUGAGAGCCUGUGCGGUCUGUGCGGCAACUGUAAUGGGGACCCUUCCGAUGACUUCCGGACCCCGGACGGGGACCUGGCUCCCAGUGUCACCGCCCUGGGGAAAAGCUGGGCGGUGGAAGAUGAGGAUCAGUUUUGCUGGCACGAUUGCAUUGGAGGUUGCAGGCCCUGUGCCGCCAGCAUCACCAGAAAGUACAAGGAGGAGGCCUCGUGCGGUCUUAUAACCAAGGUCUCAGAUGGGCCCUUCAGCCAGUGCCACACCAAGGUGGAUCCUACAGUCUACUUGGACAACUGCGUGUACGAUCUAUGCCAGAACAACGGCUACAGGAUGGCCCUGUGUGAGGCCCUGAAGACCUACGCGGACACCUGCCAGCAGGAGGGGGUCAGGAUUGGGGAAUGGAGGCAGCUGGCCAGAUGCCCCAUGGAGUGCCCCCUGGAGAACAGCCAGUACCAGCUCUGUGGAACAGCCUGCCCAGCCACGUGUGUGGACCAGUCAGCCCCCAGCAGCUGCCAAGACCCCUGCGUGGAAAGCUGCCAGUGCAAGGAUGGUUUUGUGCUGAGCCAGGGCAAAUGCAUACCCAUACAAGACUGUGGGUGCCUAUUCGAGGGGCGCCCCUAUGCCCCCAAUGAAAGUUAUUGGGUCAAUGAGGCAUGUGGGACACGGUGCAUAUGCAAUGCAACCACUAGGCAAGUCGAAUGCGUGGCCGCCACGUGCAAACAGUCGGAGAGGUGCGGGCUAGUGAAUGGCGUAUGGGGCUGUUACCCCUCCAGCUAUGCCACCUGCUCUGUGACAAGGAAUCUGCACUACACCACCUUUGAUGGACAGAGAUACGACUUCCAAGGCACCUGCCGCUACCAGCUCACGGCUCUGUGCAAGAAGGCGGAGGGACUGGUGGACUUUGAAGUCUACUUCCAGCAGAACAAUACCGCUCCUGUACAGAUCAAGGUGUAUCAGACCAACCUCAGGGUCAGCAAUCAAUUCCCUGGGAAAGUCCUGGUGAACAGUUUCCUGAUGAAUCUUCCCUCCAACCUCGUUGAUAAGAAAAUCUCUGUGUAUAGAAAUGGCUGGGCCACAGUGAUCCAGGCAGACUUUGGCCUCACUGUUACCUUUACCGGGUGGUCAGGACGCACUACUGUCACUAUGCCAGUGACCUACGCGGGAGCCGUGUGUGGUCUGUGUGGCAACUUCAACAGUGACAAGGAGGACGACAUGCUGAUGAGGGAUGGCACACUAGCACCAAGCCCUGUCAGCUUUGGCCAGAGCUGGAAGGUGGGUGACCUCCCAGGAUGCUCUGCAGUAAUGAUACCACCAUGCGCAAGUGUAGAGGCUAUUGAAAAACAACAACGAGGUAGCAGAGGGCAGUGUGGGUUCAUCCUCCACAAGAGUGGCCCCUUCAGAGGAUGUCACAGCAAAGUGGACCCUCAUGGAUACUUCGUAGACUGUGUACAUGGCUAUUGUGCCCUCAGUGGGCGGGAGAGUAACGUCUGCCAGGCCAUUGCUGGCUAUGCUGAGGCAUGUCAGGAAGCUGGAGCUAUGGUGCAUCCCUGGAGGACUACGACAUUCUGCUCUCCAUCCUGUCCCCCGAACAGUCACUAUGAAUUCUGCAGCAGCAGCUGCGAUGUGACAUGCAGCAACCUCUAUGCCCCGGUGCAAUGCACGACCCAGUGUAAGGAAGGCUGCGUGUGUGAUGAGGGCUUUGUUCUCAGUGGCGACCACUGCGUCCCCAUUUCCCAGUGCGGAUGCCUCCACAGGGGACUUUACUACCAGGCUGAGGAGACCUUCCACCCAAGCGGUUCAUGCAAGGAGCAGUGCAUGUGUCAGGCUGGUGGGGAGGUUGUGUGUAGGGAAUUCUCCUGCGGCGCUGGUGAGGAAUGUGGGGUGGUGGACGGCAUCCAGAAAUGCCACCUGUUUCGAUCUGCGACCUGUUCUGCCUCUGGCCAUCCCCACUACCUCUCUUUCGAUGGGGUCGCCUUUGACUUCCAAGGCACCUGCACUUACGUCCUGGCCAAGACCUGCAUUGAUGCCAGUGACCUUACACCAUUCACUAUCAGCAUAGAGAAAGAAUCUUGGGGCAGCGGGAACGUCUCCAUGGCCAAGCUGGUGUCCAUCCAUGUGUAUGGGAUCACACUCACCCUGCUGCUGAGCAAACUGGGAACCAUCAUGGUGGACGGGGUAUCCCACAAUCUCCCCGUGAUAAUGGUCAAUGGGCAGCUCCGAGCAUAUCAGCACGGCACUAAUGUCCUGGUGCAAACUGACUUUGGCCUCACUGUGAGCUACGACCUGGUUUACCAGGCCAGAGUCACCAUCCCAGGGAGCUACCAUGGCCAGACGUGUGGCCUGUGCGGAAACUACAAUGGACAGCAGGACGAGGAGUUCCUGCUCCCUGAUGGCAGGACAGCCCCUGAUGCAGCAGCAUUUGGCUCUGCUUGGGAAGUCCAGAUCCCAGGAGCGUCCUGUACAGACAGAUGUGCUGGAAACAGCUGUCCAGUUUGCGAAGAGAAGACGAAGGAGGUCUUCAAAGGGCGCAACUACUGUGGGCUGCUCACAGACCCCAACGGCCCCUUUGUGGCCUGCCACGGCACGGUCAGCCCCAGUGUGUAUCAGAGCAACUGCCUGUAUGAUCUGUGCCUGGGCAACGGGGACGCACAGGUUCUGUGCCAGAGCAUCCACAGCUACGUGACGGCCUGCCAAGAGUCCGGGGCCCCCAUCCUGCCCUGGAGGAACACCUCCUUCUGUCCUGUGAGCUGCCCAGUGAACAGCCACUAUGAGGUCUGCGCUGACCUCUGCACCUCCACGUGCAAUGGAGACAUCAUGGACUGCCCAGAGACCUGUGCUGAAGGCUGCCAGUGUGACGAUGGCUUCUUCUUCGAUGGCCAGGGCUGUGUGAUUCUGCAGAGGUGUGGGUGUUUCGAGCAGGGGAGAUACUAUAAGUCCAGUGAGAUGGUCCUGAUGAACGAGUGCCAGCAAAGCUGCACCUGUGUUCCUGCCCGAGGGGUGACCUGCAAAGCCCACAACUGCACCAGUGGAGCAACCUGCCAGAUCAGAGAUGGCGUCAUGGACUGCGUCAGCCAAGUUAUUCCAAAGCCAUCCUGCAGUGUGGUCCGCUGCAGGGAAGGAACUAUUUGUAAGAUGAUAAAUGAGCAGCCAAAGUGUGUGCCAGUCUCUCGGGGCACGUGCUGGGCUGGGGGAUAUUUUCAUUACCACACCUUCGAUGGAUGGGCAUACGAUUUCCAUGGCAAUUGCACCUACACCGUGGCCAAGACCUGCAGGGAUGCCUCCGGCCUGCCCUCCUUCCAUGUCAUGGCCAAGAGCGAGAACCGUGGGAACACACAGGUCUUCUACAGUGGGUCGGUGACUGUCCAGGUGGAUGGAGUCACUGUCACAGCAGCCAGGGCUGAAGCCGGCUUUGUGUGGGUGAAUAACAUCAGGGCCCACUUACCCAUCUCCCUGAACAAAGGGGCCCUUCGGCUCUAUCAGAGCGGCACCUCCCUCGUUCUCCAUACCGACUUCAACCUUACAGUGACCUAUGACUGGAACAACCACCUGAGGGUCACCGUCCCCAGGGUCUUCUCCAACAGCCUGUGCGGCCUGUGCGGCAACUAUAAUGGGGACCCCUCUGAUGACUUCCGGACCCCGGACGGGGAUCUGGCUCCCAGUGUCGCUGCCCUGGGGAAAAGUUGGGUGGUGGAAGAUGAGGAUCAGUUUUGCUGGCACGAUUGCAUUGGAGGUUGCAGGCCCUGUGCCCCUAGCAUUGCCAGAAAGUACAAGGAGGAGGCCUUGUGCGGCCUCAUAACCAAGGCCUCAGAUGGGCCCUUCAGCCAGUGCCACAGCAAGGUGGAUCCUACAGUCUACUUGGACAACUGCGUGUACGAUCUGUGCCACAAUGACGGCUACCAGAAGGCCCUGUGUGAGGCCCUGAAGGCCUAUGCGGACGCCUGCCAGCUGGAGGGGGUCAGGAUUGGGGAAUGGAGGCAGCUGGCCAGAUGCCCCAUGAAGUGCCCCCUGGAGAACAGCCAGUACCAGCUCUGUGGAACAGCCUGCCCAGCCACAUGUGUGAACCAGUCAGCCCCCAGCAGCUGCCAAGACCCCUGCGUGGAAAGCUGCCAGUGCAAGGAUGGUUUUGUGCUGAGCCAGGGAAAAUGCAUCCCCAAAAGCAGCUGUGGGUGCCUGUUCGAGGGGCGCCCCUAUGCCCCCAGUGAGAGUUUCUGGGUCGAUGAGGUAUGUGGGACACGGUGCAUGUGCAACACAGCCACUAGACAAGUCGAAUGCGUGGCCGCUACAUGCAAACACUCGGAGAGGUGCGAGCUAGUGAAUGGCGUAUGGGGCUGUUACCCCUCCAGCUACGCCACCUGCUCUGUGACAAGGAAUAUGCACUAUGCCACCUUUGAUGGACAGAGAUACGACUUCCAAGGCACCUGCCGCUACCAGCUCACGGCCCUGUGCGAGAAAGCGAAGGGACUGGUGGACUUUGAAGUCUACUUCCAGGAGAACAAUACUGCUCCUCUACAGAUCAAGGUUUAUCAGACCAACCUCAGGGUCAGCAAUCAAUUCCCUGGGAAAGUCCUGGUGAAUAGUUUCCUGAUGAACCUUCCCUUCAACCUCGAUGACAAGAAAAUUACUGUGUAUAGAAAGGGCUGGGCCACAGUGAUCCAGACAGACUUUGGUCUCACCGUUACCUUUGCCGGGUGGUCAGGACGCAUCACGGUCACUCUGCCAGUCACCUACGCAGGAGCUGUGUGUGGUCUGUGUGGCAACUUCAACAGGGACAGGGAGGAUGACAUGCUGAUGAGGGAUGGCACGCUGGCACCAAGCCCCGUCAGCUUUGGCCAGAGCUGGAAGGUGGGCGACCUCCCGGGAUGCUUUGCAGUAACGAUACCACCAUGCGCAAGUGUAGAGGCUAUUGAAAAGGAACAACGAGGUAGCAGAGGGCAGUGUGGGAUCAUCCUAGACAAGAGUGGCCCUUUCAGAGGAUGUCACAGCAAAGUGGACCCCCAUGGGUACUUUGUAGACUGCGUGUACGACUAUUGUGUCCUCAGUGGGCAGGAGAGUAAUGUCUGCCAGGCCAUUGCUGGCUAUGCCGAGGCAUGUCAGGAAGCUGGAACUAUGGUGCAUCCCUGGAGGACUACGAAAUUCUGCUCUCCGUCCUGUCCCCUGAACAGUCACUAUGAAUUCUGCAGCAGCAGCUGUGAUCUGACAUGCAGCAACCUCUAUGCCCCGGUGCAAUGCAUGACCCAGUGUAAGGAAGGCUGCGUGUGUGACGAUGGCUUUGUUCUCAGUGGUGACCGCUGCGUCCCCAUUUCCCAGUGCGGAUGCCUCCACAGAGGACUUUACUACCAGGCUGAGGAGACCUUCCACCCGAGCGGUUCAUGCGAGGAGCAGUGCGUGUGUCAGGCUGGUGGGGAGGUUGUGUGUAGGGAAUUCUCUUGUGGCGCUGGUGAGCAAUGCGGGGUGGUGGACAGCAUCCAGAAAUGCCACCGAUUUGGAUCUGCGACCUGUUCUGCCUCUGGCCAUCCCCACUACCUCUCUUUCGACGGGAUCCCCUUUGACUUCCAAGGCACCUGCACUUACGUCCUGGCCAAGACCUGCACUGAUGCCAGUGACCUUAUACCAUUCACUAUCAGCGUAGAGAAAGAAGAUUGGGGCACUAGGAAUGCGUCCCUGGCCAAGCUGGUGUCCAUCCAGGUGUAUGGGAUCACACUCACCCUGCUGCGGAGCAAACAGGGGCUCAUCAUGGUGGACGGGGUGUCCCACAACCUGCCUGUGAUCGUGGCUGAUGGGCGGCUCCGGGCGUAUCAGCAUGGCGUGAAUGUCCUGGUGCAAACUGACUUUGGCCUCGCCGUGAGCUAUGACCUGGUUUACCAUGCCAGAGUCACAGUCCCGGGUAGCUACCAUGGCCGGAUGUGUGGCCUGUGCGGGAACUACAAAGGGCAGCAGGAUGACGAGUUCCUACUCCCCGAUGGCAGGGUGGCCCCCGACACUGCAUCCUUCGGGUCUGCCUGGGAAGUUCAGAUCCCAGAAGCCUCCUGUACAGACAAAUGUGCUGGGAACAGCUGUCCAGUCUGCGAGGAUGGGAGGGAAGAUGUCUUCAAAGAAUACAACUACUGCGGGCUGCUCACAGCCCCUGAUGGCCCUUUUGCCACCUGCCAUGGCACGGUCAGCCCCAGCAUGUAUUUCAACAACUGCCUGUAUGAUCUGUGCCUGGGCAACGGGGAUGCAAAGGUUCUGUGCCAGAGCAUCCACAGCUACGUGACAGCCUGCCAAGAGGCUGAGGCCCCCAUCCUGUCCUGGAGGAACACCACCUUCUGUCCUUUGACCUGCCCAGCCAACAGCCACUACGAGAUGUGUGCCAGCCUCUGCACCACCACCUGCACUGGAGACAUCAUGGACUGCCCGGAGACCUGUGCUGAAGGCUGCCAGUGUGACGAGGGCUUCUUCUUCGACGGCCAGGGCUGUGUGACUCUGGAGAGCUGUGGGUGCUUUGAGCGUGGGAGAUACUACAAGCCCAGAGAGACCAUCCUGAUGAAUGAGUGCCAGCAGAGCUGCACCUGCGUUUCUGCCCAAGGGGUGACCUGCAAAGCCCACAGCUGCACCAGAGAAGAAACCUGCAAGAUCAGAGAUGGUAUCCUGGGCUGCAUCAGCCAAGGUGAAGGAGAGUCACUGAUUGAAAUAUGCCCCGAGGGGUUACUGUGGGUGGAAUAACUGAGAUCCCUGCAAAACCCUGAAAUGCCGGAUCAAGGAGAGAUGCAAAAUUGAAGAUGGCCAAGAGGCAUGUGUUCCAGCCUACACUGGAAUCUGCCUGGGCUCACGUGAUGCACAGUACCAAACUUUUGAUGGCC